CAGGAUGCUCAUCAAGGAGUACCACAUUCUGCUGCCCAUGAGCCUGGACGAGUACCAGGUGGCCCAGCUCUACAUGAUCCAGAAAAAGAGCCGAGAAGAGUCAAGUGGUGAGGGCAGUGGCGUGGAGAUCCUGGCCAACCAGCCCUACACGGAUGGGCCCGGUGGCAGUGGGCAGUACACACACAAGGUGUACCACGUGGGCUCCCACAUCCCAGGCUGGUUCCGGGCACUGCUGCCCAAGGCCGCCCUGCAGGUGGAGGAGGAAUCCUGGAAUGCCUAUCCCUACACCCGCACCCGGUACACCUGCCCCUUUGUGGAGAAAUUCUCCAUUGAAAUAGAGACCUAUUACCUGCCUGAUGGGGGGCAGCAGCCGAAUGUCUUCAACCUGAGUGGGGCUGAGCGGAGACAGUGCAUCCUGGAUACCAUCGACAUCGUGCGGGAUGCAGUGGCCCCAGGCGAGUACAGAGCAGAAGAAGACCCCCGGCUGUACCGCUCGGCCAAGACAGGCCGAGGACCACUGGCUGAUGACUGGGCACGCACAGCAGCCCAGACGGGGCCCCUCAUGUGCGCCUAUAAACUGUGCAAAGUUGAGUUCCGCUACUGGGGCAUGCAGGCCAAGAUUGAGCAGUUCAUCCACGAUGUCGGUCUGCGUCGGGUGAUGCUGCGGGCCCACCGCCAGGCCUGGUGCUGGCAGGACGAGUGGACAGAGCUGAGCAUGGCUGACAUCCGGGCACUGGAGGAAGAGACCGCCCGCAUGCUGGCACAGCGCAUGGCCAAGUGCAACACAGGCAGUGAGGGGCCUGAGGCCCAGCCCCCCGGGAAGCCAAGCACUGAGGCCCGGGCUGGGGCCAGCCGUGCUGGCACCCCCGAUGGGCCCGAGGUGCCCCCGGGCCCUGAUGCCUCGCCCGAUGCCAGCUUUGGCAAGCAGUGGUCCUCGUCCUCCCGUUCCUCCUACUCGUCCCAACAUGGCGGGGGCGUGUCUCCCCAGACUUUGUCUGAGUGGCGCAUGCAGAACAUCGCCCGAGACUCUGAGAACAGCUCUGAGGAGGAGUUCUUUGAUGCCCACGAAGGUUUCUCGGACAGUGACGAGGUUUUCCCCAAGGAGAUGACCAAGUGGAACUCCAAUGACUUCAUCGACGCCUUUGCCUGCCCCAUGGAGGUAGAAGGGGCGCCAGACCCUGGAACCGAGUCCACCAAAGAUAUCGGGGACAGGGCCCAGGCACCCAGGGACCCAGAAGGCCCGGAUGGAGCGGGGGAACUGGGGGCGGAGACAUGCGCAGUCCACGCCCUCUUCCUCAUCCUGCACAGCGGCAACAUCCUAGACUCAGGCCCUGGAGACACCAGCUCCAAGCAGGCGGAUGUGCAGACGCUGAGCCUGGCCUUCGAGGCCAUCACCCGCGUCCACUUCCCCGAGGCCCUGGGCCACGUGGCGCUGCGCCUGGUGCCCUGCCCACCCAUCUGCGCCGCUGCCUAUGCCCUUGUCUCCAACUUGAGCCCCUACAGCCAUGACGGUGACAGCCUGUCCCGCUCCCAGGACCACAUUCCACUGGCCGCCCUGCCGCUGCUGGCCACCUCAUCCUCCCAAUACCAGGGCGCUGUGGCCACGGUCAUUUCCCGCACUAACCAGGCCUAUGCCGCCUUCCUGCGCUCGUCUGAGGGUGUCGGCUUCUGUGGGCAGGUGGUGCUGAUUGGGGAUGGCGUCGGUGGAAUCCUGGGCUUUGACGCACUCUGUCACAGUGCCAGCGCAGGCACUGGGAGCCGCAGCAGCAGCCGCCGAGGAAGCACGAACAAUGAGCUGCUCUCCCCGGAGGUUGGCCCAGUGCGGGAUCCCCUGGCAGAUGGGGUGGAGGGACUGGGCCGGGCCAGCCCAGAGCCCUCAGUGCUACCUGCCCAGCACACCCACAGCGACAUGGCCAGUCCUGAGCCCGAGGGCUCUCAAAACAGCCUGCAGACGGUCCCCCCAGCCACCUCCUCUGGGGAGCCCAGGUGGGCAAGCACAGCCUCCUGUCCACCCGCUGCCGCCUCUGAGGUUCCUGAUGGUCUCACCAGUGCCACCCGCCUUGACUUCAAGGUCUCCGGCUUCUUCCUCUUUGGCUCCCCUCUGGGCCUGGUGCUGGCUCUGCGGAAAACCGUGAUGCCCACGUUGGAGGUGGCCCAGAUGCGGCCAGCCUGUGAGCAGAUCUACAACCUCUUCCACGCGGCCGACCCCUGCGCCUCCCGCCUUGAGCCCCUGCUGGCCCCCAAGUUCCAGGCCAUCGCCCCACUGGCUGUGCCGCGCUACCAGAAGUUCCCCCUGGGAGACGGCUCAUCCCUGCUGCUGGCUGACACUCUGCAGACCCACUCAGGCCUCUUUCUGGAGGAGCUGGAGAUGCUGGUGCCCUCAACACCCACCUCUGCCAGCGGUGCCUUCUGGAAGGGCAGUGAGCUAGGCAGUGAUCUGCCAGCCCAGCCAGCUGCCCCCAGCACCACCAGUGAGGUGGUCAAGAUCCUGGAGCGCUGGUGGGGGACCAAGCGGAUUGACUACUCGCUGUACUGCCCUGAGGCGCUCACCGCCUUCCCCACCGUCUCGCUGCCCCACCUCUUCCAUGCCAGCUACUGGGAGUCUGCGGAUGUGGUGGCCUUCAUCCUGCGCCAGGUGAUGGAGAAGGAGCAGCCACAGCUGGCCGAGUGCGAGGAGCCGUCCAUCUAUAGCCCGGCCUUCCCCAGGGAGAAGUGGCAGCGCAAACGCACCCAAGUCAAGAUCCGGAACGUCACUUCCAACCACCGGGCGAGCGACACGGUGGUGUGCGAGGGCCGCCCCCAGGUGCUGAACGGGCGCUUCAUGUACGGGCCCCUGGACGUGGUCACGCUCACCGGAGAGAAGGUGGACAUCUACAUCAUGACGCAGCCGCUGUCAGGCAAGUGGAUUCACUUUGGCACCGAGGUCACCAACAGCUCGGGCCGCCUCACCUUCCCGGUGCCCGUGGAGCGUGCGCUGGGUAUCGGCGUUUACCCGGUGCGCAUGGUAGUCAGGGGCGACCACACGUACGCUGAGUGCUGCCUGACGGUCGUGGCCCGCAGCACGGAGGCCGUGGUGUUCAGCAUCGACGGCUCCUUCACCGCCAGUGUCUCCAUCAUGGGCAGCGACCCCAAGGUGCGCGCCGGCGCCGUGGAUGUGGUCAGGCACUGGCAGGACGCGGGCUACCUGAUCGUGUACGUAACGGGCCGGCCCGACAUGCAGAAGCACCGUGUGGUGGCCUGGCUGUCACAGCACAACUUUCCCCACGGCGUAGUCUCCUUCUGCGAUGGCCUCACCCACGACCCACUGCGCCAGAAGGCGGUGUUUCUGCAGAGCCUGGUGCAGGAGGUGGAACUGAACAUCGUGGCCGGCUACGGGUCCCCCAAAGACGUGGCCGUAUAUGCGGCGCUGGGCCUACCCCCGGGCCAGACCUACAUCGUGGGCCGUGCCGUGCGGAAGCUCCAGGCGCAGUGCCAGUUCCUGUCAGAUGGCUAUGUGGCCCACUUGGGCCAAUUGGAGGCCAGCUCCCACCCUCAUGCCCCCGUGGGACCCUCGAGGGCCGCCCUGGCCAAGAGCAGCUAUGGCGGGGCUGCCCCUGUGGACUUCCUCCGAAAACAGAGCCAGCUGCUUCGCUCGAGGGGCCCCAGCCAGGCAGAGUGGGAGGGCCCAGGGACGCCGCCUACCACCCUGGCGCGAGGCAAGGCCCGAAGCAUCAGCCUCAAGCUAGACAGCGAAGAGUGA